AUGGCUUUUUUGACAGCAAUCAAAAUGCUGCCAAAUCAUUCCAAUGCUAAUGUUCCUACUGAUAGUCAAGUUGCUAUAGAAGUUUUAAAAAAGAGUUACAGAGGAGACUUUCAAGGAUUUCAAGAAGAAUUCUUUGGUACCAUUAAGGAUAAACAUUUAAAUAUCCAUCUAGUUAAAGUGAAAGGGCAUGAAGAUCCAGAGAAUAUUAUAGUUGAUAAAUUAGCAAAAGAAGGUGCACAAGGACAAAAUAUGAUUGAUAUUACCAAACUAUUAUCCCAAAACCAAAAGAUUUUAAUUAAUACUAAUAAGAAAACAAUCAUCUUUGACUAUAGAAAAUACAUCAAAGAUAUCCAGAGAAAAGAAUAUUUAGAUAUUUUUGAGGAUAAAUCUGACUUACCUUUUAACCAAAGUCAGUCCCUCACUCAUAUCAAUUUGAAAUAUAUGGAUCAAAGAUUUGACACUGAAACCAAAUUGUCAAUUUGGAGAAACAUGACCGACUCACAUAUUAGACAAUUUCGUCAAGUUUAUUGUGAUAACUGUGAAUGUGAAGUGGAUUUGGAACGUUUCAUAUACUACUGUGAAGAAACCGAAUGUUUUAGAAGAUAUUUCUUAACUAAAUUCACGAAUCUUACAGGAGCAUCCUCCUUAAUUCAAAAUUACAAAUCUAUUUUUACAUCAAUCAACCACAAUUUCGAAUUUCAACAAAAAUUAAAAAUGAAAGAAGAUCAUCAGUUGUUGGAAAUUCCAACGGAAAUUUGGCAGUGUUGUAUUUUCGAGUAUUGGCUCGGACCACUUCAUCAAAUUGAAUUAAAUAAUCAUGAUCAAAUUAUGAAAUUUAAAAAAGUGGUUCAACCUCGGAUGAUUGAACGAUUGGAUUUGAGUACUGUGAGGACGAUACAAAAGUUUUGUUGUGCUGUAUCUAAGAAAUUUAAAGCAUUAUUUGUUGUGGAGAUGAAUGAAUUUUGGAGGAGAGUUUCAAAUGUUUUGGAGAUGGUUGUUUAUUGGCAGAGAUUUGCAUCAUCGGAGGGAUUGUCAUUGGCAAAAGGGGAUAUUUCAGUUGGGGAAUCAAUUGGUUAUGUGAAAAUGCAGAAAUUAAUUGAGACCACAGAAAUGAAUUGCAAUAGAGAGUAUGCUGAUAUAAUUGAUACUUCAGAAUGUAUUGAUAGUUGGGGCGGUGCUAAUGUUGAUAUAACAGAAAUUGAGAAUGAAUUUGAUACUCAUGAAGUUAAUCAACAAUUUGAGAGAAGAAUUCAACAGUUAAUGUUUUCAAAUGAAAAAUUUGAAAAGAUAGAAGAGCAUAAUCAAAUUUUAGCAUAUGAUUUGUUUUUACACAAGGCUCUCAUGUUAUCUUUGGAUAUGAUUUCACACUUUGAUAGCGAAAAACAUAGUGGAUAUUAUAACAGUUAUGAUACUUUUGAAAAUUGUUGCUUAAUUUCUAAAGGACUAUUCACUCAAAAUUUUUCUGAUACAAAGGCCCUUGGAUUAAUGGUUGAUUUGAAUAAUUUACAAGAUUUUUCUAUUUUUAAGCAAAUGGCUUCGAAUUACAUUGCUUUAUCAAUUAAUUUAAAUGAGUGGACCUAUCAGGGAUUUUCUAUACCAGAUCAUAUUCAAUAUCUAUGUUUUCGUUUUAGUACAAUUACCUACUUUGAUGAAGGUGCAUUACUCUAUUCAAAUUUUCUAGAGGAAGAGGGAGUAUUUCCAAAUGUUCGUGAUCUGACUAUUCGAUACGACUGCCCUGAAUAUUGCGAAAAUAUUGAGAAUUAUGAAAAAAUUGAAAAGAAUAUUAUUGCUGGGCUAACAAGAAAAAGAUUUCCCAAACUAUUGAGAAUCUCGUUGCAAGGAUUUUCAAUAUUGGAAAGAUUUUUAGAAUGUGAUUUAUUAAGAGAGAUUCCAUAUGUAGAGAUUAUUCCUCAAUCAAUGGACAUUCAAUACGAACCAAUUACUAAUUGGUCAGAAGGAAAAGUUCACAAUCUUGUCAAGAAACAUUUUAUUGAAAAUGAAUCGCUAAUUCACCACCUUGUAAUGCAUGCAAAUAUAUCUAGAGUUAGUGGUGAUGCAGAUUAUGACUCCAUUAAGGAGUACUAUGAUUUAAGCAUAGGAAGAUUUGUGGCAUCCAUUUCACAUUCAUCAUUUGUUGAAUACUUCGAUAAGUGCUAUGAGUAAUCAAUAUAGAAAGUUCAAUAUUCUGUAAAGUGCGGGAUUGAUUUAUUACUGUGGAAGUAAUUGAUUUCUUUGCGUGUUCAUCCAAUUUCUUGGUAAGGGUCUUUAUUAAUUUCUUCAUUGAGAUGAAUUAAUGGAUAUCUAAACGUUAAAACACAAUGGAUUAAUCCAUAUUCUCUAUCAUAUAAAUGAAGGAGUUUCAAUGCAAGAACAUGUUGGUUGAGCACAGCUUCAAAGAAUUUUCACUUGGAAUAUGAUUCUCUAACAUUAUCCAAUAAUAAACAAAAAUUAUUGGCUUGAAAAUAAGC